AUGGCGCCAGUGGAGCCCGAUUCUCGCACGUCCAACACCCUCCCCAUCGUCAUAUUCAGCACGCAAGUAGCCCUCGUCGCGUCGCUGAGUCUGGUCGUUCUCCGCACUAUUUGUCGCGCCGCACGCACACUUCCACCGCCGUCUUCAACACGUGCACAGCAGACUAGUCGCAAGCGCGAAGUCGCAGUUUUCGCGACGCUUGCGGGUCUUUCUUUGGCAACUAUCACUUAUUGUACCGUAACGUGGCGCAUUGCAAGCUAUCUCUCCUGGGUAGAAGAGGGCAAGUUUGAGAUUCCUGGCAGCAUUUGGAGCGGCUGGUAUGGCACGGGAGAGGGCAGCGACGCGGCGAGGUGGUGGCUUGGGAGCUGGCUGCAGGACGUUGGGUACCUGAAAGAGGCGGAAGAUUUGGGAUUGACAGUGCCGUCGGGGGUAUUCUGGUUGGACCAGGAGUUUCUCGGCCUUGCUGUAGCGGGCUUGUUCAUGGGUGUUGAAGGCCACAGACGCAACUUACCGUUAUCAACAACCGUCUCUUUUGUUCUUUUGAGCCAAGUAGGCGGCCUCAGCUACGCGUUGAAUCUGUUCUUCCUGGCUAUGAUCUAUACGCCGAUCCCGCUUCAUCGAGCCCUCCCGCCGCGUCGAGAUCCACUUUGGACGCCGAAACCGUUGGUCUACAGAGUCCCACUGCUACUGUCAUUCGUUUCCUUGGCCUUUAUGUAUAGGAAUACGAACAGCGACCUUGCUAAGAUUGCCUUGCGUAUCGGGUAUUUUGCUCUGCCAAUAUAUUUGGCGACGGCUAUCGAGUUUAUUCCUAGCAGCUGGGGUAUCCAACACAACACCACCACAUCUGCCCACCGUUCGCUGCUCAGCUUUUUCCGGUUCGCCUCUUUUGUGUCGCCUGUAUUCUACAUAUUCGACACUUUUCGAUCUUUCCAAGCUGAAACGCCCAGUAAGCACUAUACCGGCUACAACUACGUUUGGAACAUGCACACUGGGGGUAUUCGAUCGCCUUAUGAUCGUGCUACCGGUGCCAUUUCGGGCUUCUUGGAGUCGCUAAGCAAGCAUCCGGGUUUGAGUGCAACGAGCAGCGACGUGGCACUCGCUGCACUGAGUUUGUGCAUUUGGGCUUUUGUAAGGGGGCUUGACGUGAGCGAGAUGCUGAACUCCGGUUUCUUGGCCUAUUUCUUCGGCAAUGACAAGCAUGCGAAGCAUGUUGCGUUUGGAACCGAGCUGGAAUCCAAACCCGUCGAAGAACCCUCUCCCAGCGAGACUCCAGGGAAGAGGACAAGAGGCAGGCCGAAGAAGAGCGAGACUGUUUCCAAGAAGAACGGAAUUGUAUCGGGGUCAUUGAGAAGAAGCACUAGACGAAAGACUAUUUCGGAGCAGGGGUCUGACUCCGAGGAUUCGUUCAAACCAAGCACGCACACGAAAGAUGAAAUCGCGGCGACAGAACACGAUACAGCUGAGGGAGAUGACCUAGUAGCUGAUGGCGAGGCUGCGGCUCUGGGCCUGGGCCUCUACAUUGUAGGAGGGCUUGGGACUAUAGCGGCAGCUGUUCUGGGUGCUGAGAUUGCAGGCAAUUAA